AUGACGUCGAUCUCAGAGAUGAUUGAUUUCUUAUGGCGGCCCCCACAGAAAGAACCUGGAGUCAAGAGUCGUCUACUUGAUAGGAAAGAUUCAGAGAACUUCCAGUAUUAUCAUAACUGGGGUUUUACUGUUUACCAAUAUUCUAAAACGACCGGAAAUAGAAGUGGGGUUUAUAUGCCAACAAAAGCAAUGCGAGAAGACUUAUCAUUACUUGACGGUCUUGACAUUACUCAAAUUCAAGAGCUGUAUCGUGAGGAGCUUCCGGAGGCCAGAAAAAAUAUAGAAGGGACUAAAUCCUGCUUUAUAUUUGUUGCCGAUGAGAGUGUCUUGAGAGAUAUCGCUCGUGGAGUGUUUGUAAUUAAAGUUGUUGGUUAUGAUUGGGACGAGGAUCGAGCCGGCCAGGGUUGGAUGAGAAUCCCAACGGGCGAUGUCCUGAGCCUUUGGGAGACCCUUUUACUUUAUGACUAUAUGGGUUCUGACGUAUACGAGGAGAUUGAUUAUCUCUGGUUUGGAGAGGAGUUGGAAAAGUACACUUGGCCAGGCGAUGCCUCCAUUUAUCCAACUGGCGGUUGUUCCGAAGCUCGAACUGCAUAUCCACGUAGUAGGCCUGGAUAUUCUCAGUUCAGGCUUGAUUAUUAG